GUUGUCUUUUACUUUAUGUAUUGUUUGUAUCUUUAUAAUGUUCGGUUAUUGACAAUUUAUUCUAAUAUUAAUUUGAAAAGGUGUUAAAAUGGGAAUUGCAUUUAAACAGUGUUGGACUCUGUGCGGUAUUAUCUUGAAUUUAAUAACUAUCGGGUAUCAUCUGGGCUACCCCACUAUUCUUCUUCGGGAUUUAAAAGCGCCUGGCUCAGAUAUAAGGCUGAGCUUAGAAGCAGAAUCGUGGGUGGUUUCUUCUGUAGCAAUAACUGCUCUGCUAUCGGGGUUGCUGGUGGCACCCACUCUAGAAAUACUUGGAAGGAAAUCAGCUCAUAUAUGUAUCGUUAUUCCGAACCUCGUCGCCAGCCUAAUCCUGUACUUUGCUAAAGAUAUCACAGCGCUGGUAAUCGCCCGCCUGGCGUCUGGAUUCACAUUCGGGACAACUAUAUUUGUUGCUGCCAUCAUUAUAGGAGAAUACUCGAGUCCUGAGAACAGGGGUGUAUUCCUGAAUGCAAAGUCAGCGAGUUACACAAUAGGUGUAUUUCUGGUGCAUUGUGUUGGUAUAUUUUGCGACUGGAGAAGGACUGCCCUCAUAGGACUGGUACCUUCAGUAUUGUCUUUAAUUAAUACAUUGACUUGGUCAGAAAGCCCAGCGUGGUUGGCUUAUAAAGGAAAAUACGAAGCCUGCGAAGCGUCAUUUCAAGAACUAAGAGGAAACAGUUAUAAAGCAAAAGAAGAAUUGCUACUUUUAAUACAAACACAAAGAAAUAGAAGAUUGAGUAGAAUUAAAAGCAAGUCUAAGAUAAGUAGUCUUAGACAAAAUCUGUCUAAGUUUGGAAGGAAAGAUUUUGUAAAACCUUCGUUGAUUGCGUUGUCUGUCUUUGUUAUUUUAGAGUCUUCUGGUCGACAUUCAUUUUCAGCAUAUGCUGUUAAAUUUAUGUCUGCUUUUACUACUACUAAUGCUAAAACUUUGUAUUACGUCCUGGCUGUGGACGGUGUGGUAUGUAUUUGUGGAAUAUUAUCAUGUUUUAUUGUGAAACUGUUUCGUCGUCGCACAAUAUUAUUUACGUCUGGGGUAUUAGCAUGCAUUUUAUUACUGUCUAUUUGUGUGUAUUUAUACUUAAAAGCUAAAGGCAUAGCUCCCGAGGACAACAUCUGGUUGCCACUAGCACUGUUAUUUACGUAUCAUUUUGUUGUGAGUUUUGGUGUUGCUCCUAUCAUUAUGUCAUUACUGGGCGAGGUUUAUCCUUUAGAGCAUAAAGGUUUGGGGACAGUAGUAUCAGGUGUACUUUUCUCCUUAUCAGUAUUAGUAGCACUGAAAGUGACACCUGCACUAAUUAAGAAUAUAGAAGUAUAUGGAACAUUUCUAGUGUAUUCAUUGUUCUUAGCGGGAGCUUUUGUAUAUUUGUAUAUAUUUUUGCCAGAAACAGAAGGAAAAACUCUGCAAGAAAUAGAACAUAAUUUUAAUGGUGUUUCACUUACGUUACAAAAUGAAACUGAAGAUAAACCUUUCAAUUGUAAAUAAAGCUAA